CCGUCGGUCUUACUUCCGAAUCAACUGUACAAGUCUACGGUACUGUAGAGGUAGUUCCCAUUGGGAAGGCCGCCCCUGGGGGAAUUGAGCUGCAAGCCGAUUACUGGAAACUGAUCGGUUCCGCACCGCCUGGUGGCAUUGAUCACGUACUCAACACGGAGAGUGAUGUAGACGUGUUGUUGGAUAAUCGGCAUUUAGUGCUUCGUGGCGAGAAUGAUCUUACAUUCGAUGUGGAUCGUUCUUGUGGUUCCGACAGUCAACUCUGA